AUGAUUUCCCGGUUCAUGGGAUCAUCGGCAGCAGCUGCAGCCGCGGCAGCAGCAGCAGGGGUCAACAUGAACGUGAACAUGAGCGUGAACGUCCACGCUGGGAUGGGUGGAAUGAGUGUGAGCCACAGUGGCAUGGCGUUACCCCCGCAAUCCACGAAAAUGCCACACGUUCAGUUCCCUCUCACUCAACGACGGAAGAGAAGGGUUCUUUUCACUCAAGCCCAAGUGUAUGAACUGGAGCGUCGUUUCAAGCAGCAGAAGUACCUGUCGGCUCCCGAGAGGGAACAUUUGGCUAGUCUUAUCCACCUGACUCCGACCCAGGUCAAGAUCUGGUUUCAGAACCACCGAUACAAGUGCAAGAGACAAGCCAAGGAACGGCUCAUGGCGGAACAAAACACUUCCAAUCCAAAUUCACAGGGGAAUGGAGGGACAGGUGGAAGUUCUCCACGGAGGGUAGCAGUUCCAGUGCUAGUGCGAGAUGGGAAGCCAUGCAGCACCCAUUCCAAUCCGAGUCCCUCGUCCACAUCUGAUGAAACCAACAGUGGAGGGGAGCAAACAACAAUGGAACAGCACCAGACGGCAAGCCCGAUCCCGAUUCACCAUUCCGCUGUUCCCGUAAUGCAUGGUUCCACCCCAGGUCAUCAUCAAGGCCCGAGUUGUCAUCAGGGCCUCUACGACAUGGACUCCAUGAUGACUACUCCCAUCACCGCCAACUAUCUGCAUCAACUUCACACCCGAGCUUGGUAG